AGCCGCGCCCGCGGGAGGGGAGGAGAACGGAACAGACCGGGGAAAGAAGAGAGAGGAGAGAGAGAGAAAGAGGGAAGACAGGAGGAGAAACAGCAGCAGUAGCAGCGGCGGCGGCACUGCGGCUUCAUGGCACUGAGCUAUGAUUCACUCUCUUGCAGCAGCGAUGAGCAGCCACCUUCCAAACACCUCUUCUUCUUCCUCUCCCUCUUCCUCCUCCUCCUCCUCAUCUCUGGGUGGUGCAUGGCUUUUGCCUGAUGGGCGUAACUCCUCUCUGGUGCGGAAUAAUGGGGCAGACCUGCAUCCGCUGGCUCCUGUUAGCCCAUGGGACGUUGCUCUGUGUGUCACGGGGACCCUUAUCUCCUGCGAGAACGCCCUGGUCCUGGCGGCACUCUUCUACACCCCCAGCCUGCGGGCGCCCACCUUCAUCCUCAUCGGCAGCUUGGCCGCCGCUGACCUCCUGGCGGGCCUGGGCCUGGUGCUCAACUUCAUCUCCAUCUAUGCGCUGGACACUGAUCUCGCUACGCUGGUCUCUGUGGGGCUGUUGAUUGCAGCCUUCUCGGCUUCUGUCCUCAACAUCCUGGCGAUCACGGUGGACCGGUACCUGUCGCUUUACAACGCUCUUACCUACAACACAGAACGCACCCUCACUUUCACCUACGCCAUGCUGGCACUCAUCUGGCUGGUUUGCGUCGCUCUCGGGCUUCUGCCCGCCCUGGGCUGGAACUGCCUGGCGGAUGAAACCCACUGCAGCAUAUGCCGACCAGUGACCAAGAACAAUGCCGUGGCGCUGGCCGUCACCUUCCUGCUGGUCUUCGCGCUCAUCAUGCAGCUGUAUCUGCAGAUCUGCAAGAUCGCCUUCCGCCACGCGCAGCAGAUUGCAGUGCAGCAACACCAUUUCGCCGCCAUCUCCACCACCAAAGGCGUGUCCACGCUGUCCGCAAUCCUGUGCACCUUCGCCGCCUGCUGGAUGCCCUUUGCCAUGUACUCCAUUGUGGCUGAUUCCAGCUACCCAGUCAUCUACACGUACGCCACUGUGCUGCCAGCCACAUGCAACUCAGUCAUAAAUCCCAUCAUUUACGCAUUUCGAAACCCGGACAUCCAGAAGUCUCUCUGGCUGGCCUGCUGCGGGUGCGUCCCAGCCAAUUUCUCUCUUCGGCCAAGGACGUCAAGUGACGUAUAGGGCGGAGGAAUCAAGUGAGACUUUAUGAGACGUUCCUGGGAACACCACUUCCUUGGGUCUACUGUGCAAGUGUGUGCUACUGGGCCCACAAAGCAGGCUAAUUCAUGAUGGAUCUUUUCUACCAAACGCAACAUUCGUACAACAGCAGUGGCAACAACAGCUACAACAACAACAAAAGGAAUCUCUACUCACCUGUAUAUACACCUCAAAGUCAUUGCAGUAUCAACUGAUCGUACUGAUCGUGCUGUGUGGUCACUGGGGUAAAUAUCCCAUAAUGAGCUCAUAACCACUGUAGAAUAUCACAUUUUUAGUGCAGUGAGCUUCAUCGCAAUUAUGAAGGAAACCAAUGUACACAUUUCCAAAAGAAACCCGAAAGAGGGAUAGUUAAGGUUCAGCAUAAAACACGGCAUGUAAUUAAUCUAUUGAACGAAAACCCAAUCUCUAACUUUAAAAAUUAAGUGCAAUUUCCCCUCAUUUCUUCUCAUCAAGUGAAGCAACCUAGAUUACUUUAUUUAUUGUAUUUAGCUAACUGGCCCAAAUCUGCUGCCCUCCUCAAAAAGCCAAUUACAAUGCCAAGAAAGACUCUACAAAUGUCUGCACUCAAAGCCUCUUUCUUUAUCCGUUGACAUUGUACAGGUCAAUCAGUAGACGUAAAAGAAGCACAGUGUGUUUUAAUGGAAACAUGAAAAGCUCUUGAAAGAGCAAUGCAGUGUUGACUGAAUUCGUACCAGAAUAUUAUGACCAUCUCUCUUCAUACAAUACAAUAUGACACUUUUCUGUGCAUUUUUUAUUACUAUUACAGGACCACCACAGAGCAACUAUUGUUUGGUUGGUGGGUCAUUCUCUGCACUGCAGUGACUCUACUGACAAGGCGUUAGUGUGUGUUGUGCUCGUAUGAGUUGGACAGACACAGCAGCAGUGCUGCUGGAGUUUUUAAACACUGUGUACAUACUAUUAGACACUUCUACCUAGAGCUGCUCCACCAUGUAGAUGUAAAUCAGAGAUGAAACAAAAACCCUGUUUGGAGAUCUGUUGUUGCACAGUUUGGGGUUGGUCAUCCUAUAGUCCUACAUCUGUGUUCACAGGAUGCUUGCUACCCACUCGACAUUGGCUAUUGGCUGGAUAUUUAUGGUUGGUCAACUAUUCUCAGCCCAGCAGUGAUUCCAGGGUAUUUAAAAACUCCACUCAUACCAGGGCAACACACAUCCAACCCAUCAGUGUCACUGCAGUGCUGAGAAUGUGAUCCUAUGGGGUCCUGACCAUUGAAGAACAAAAUAAACUACAGAGAAGGACUACAUUCUGCGAUUAUAGAACCACAAAGUGCUCCUGUUUGCUCAGUGGAGCUGAAAAAAAAUGAAAAAUGCAAUUAAAAACAAGGAGGUGGUCAUAAUAUUCUGACAUGACUGUCUAUUAAGAAAGUGGCAUAAUAUACUGUACUUCUGCAAAGAUGCAAAGUUAAACGCCGGUACCUUAUUAUACGCACCAUACUUCAGGACCAUGGACAGCUGCUGGCACAUCCGCACUGCUGUUCCUGAGCAGCUCUGCUUUUCCCCCACACCGAGCUCCCUCCGUGUUCCUUUAAAAAAUAAAUGAAUGACAUUAAAGCAACACAGCGUCCCACUAGCGAAGUUUCGCUGCCUGCCAAAUUCGCGGCUCCUUCGUUAGCUCAUUGUUCUGCAACGAGAUUGUUGUUUUCACAACUUGGCUGGGUGUCGAGAGGGACGGCGGGAGAGCAGGAAAGCGGGGAAAUGAUUGAGGCUGUCACAGGAAUUUGAAUGAGCCUUUUAAUUGGAAAUCGGAGGAAACCUACCAAUUUCAGAGACGGCCGAGGCAAAAGAAUACAUUAAUAGCUUACAUAAUUCUAAAUCCAAUACAGCCAAAGCUUUAUUCUUCCUCUAGAAUGAGAAGACUGUGUUUGAAUGAUUAUUAUUAUUAUUAAGAUAUAACUAAGAUAUAACUAAGAGCUCUGGUUUGAUGAAUAAGUGGAUAGAUUUGGAUAGAGACGGCGUCCUUCGCAUCUGCGUAUAAAACUGUAUUCAUCACAGAGACUUCUCUGAUAGCCAGCAAGCAUGCGCAUAGAUCUAAAUUCAUAAAAAUAGCUCAUAUUGGGAUCAGAUAACUAGGCCAGCAGACCUUGGAUGGGGUGGUCUUGAAUUGAGGUUAAUGAAAGCGGUGACGGCGAGAAGUGUGUGUCUUUUACACGAAAAUCAAAGCAGGACAAAUGAUCAUAACUGAUGCAGUUAUUGAAACAAAAACUUAAACAGCACAUCUUUUCUUUUCCUCUGAAAAUGAACAGCACAUUGUGUCUGUUAAGGGGAAAAAGAGAUGCAAAAGAGUCCUUUUAAGCCCCUUUUCUUUAUUUUUUUUGUCACUUGAAACGUACAGAAUUUCCGAGAACCUUAUUUUUGGCCUUAUCUUUUUUUUGCACCUCUGCAAUAAUCAAUCAAUGUGUGCUGUCCAUUGAUGAUGCUACAAUCGUAACGAGGCCAUCAACAGAGCUAAUUUAACCUUAUGACUUGAAUACUUUGAAUGCUAAGCAGGUCCGUUGGUAGGACCUGGUCUUUAAAUCAGAUAAAGUAGGGCUGUUAUCUGCAGUGAACUGCAUUUAAUGCUGGUGUGAAGCUUAGAGUAGGCCCUGACAACCCACAUAAUACACACUGCACUACACUACUCAACACUACACUACUCAACACUACACACACACACUAGAAUACUAGAGUUGGCCCACUCUGACUAACCUCAGCCACUUGGUGACCUACACUAUACCUGAUGGAUGGACUUUCAGCUGGAGUCUUGUCCCGCAGUCUGGACACUGUGGACAGACGCUCCGGCGCUUUGACGUUUAGUUUAUUUAAAACGGUGCGUGUGUGUUUUUGCGUGUGUGAGUGCGAUUCGAGCGAGAAAUCGAGAAAAACAGAGCUAAACAUGUGUUUAUACAGUAUAUGUGUUUAUACAGUAUAGCACUCACUCAUAUCUUGGGUGGGGUUCAGUGACCUAUCACACUGUGCCCCCUUUAUGGAGAAAAAAGAAACAGAUAAUAAUAAUAAUUUUAUUAUUACAAUGAUAAAAAAAAAAUCCACUCCAACUAAUACACAGAAACACAGAUACACGGAUAUCGAUGUUUUGAUGCCAACCUGUAUUGUUAUGUACCGUAUCUCCACAGAGCUAUACUCAACGGGAUGCCAUAGAUUCAGUUUGUUCAGGGGUACUAAGGUUAUUUUUCUUAUGCAAUGCUAAAUGGAUACAUAUGGAUUCUAUUUUUAUACACAUCAGGGCAUGAGUUUUAUGACAUGGUGUGGUGUCGGUGAGUGUGUGUGUGUGUGUGUGUGCGUGUGUGUGUAUGUACGUACGUAUGUAUGUAUGUAUAUAAUAUGUGUAUUCUUAUCGAUGGUUUCUUACUAAAAAUGACGGAAAGAUAAAAAAAAACACAAAGAAAAACACCACAAAAAAUUGAGUGUUGGCGAUGCGAAAAGUGCCAUAAUUUUAGUAGUGUCUUAUUUGUUGAUUUCAGUGUAUUUGUCAAGAAAACUAAGCAAAGUAUUCUUAUGAUUUCGUCCAUCACUUCACUAGAGACUUUGCAGGAAAUGUCAAUAUAACACAACACAAUACAGAACAGUACCAGUCAUUAUUCUGAUGGAAGACCUCAAAAAAAAAAAAAAAAGAA